AUGGCAGAUCUCAGUGAACUUUCCGCACAGUCACUCUUCAACCUCAAAGGUUGGGUGACUGUCGUGACCGGAGGCGGAACUGGUCUUGGUCUCAUUACCGCGAAAGCGCUCGCCGCAAAUGGAGCCAAGGUCUACGUGACUGGCAGACGGGCAGAAAAGCUCAAGGAUGCCGAGAUGACGGAUUCUGCCAGCGGUGGCUCCAUCGUUGGCCUUCAGAUGGAUUGCACAGACAAGCAGAGCAUCCAGCAAGGCGUCAGGGCCAUCUCCGAGAAGGAGAAGUUCGUCAAUCUGCUUGUCAGUAAGUCGACGUAGCAUUUCAAUACCGUCAUCUCCACCGCACCUUCUAACAUCUCUAUUCGAACAGACAACGCCGGGAUUAGUUCCGUAAACUGGGGACCCAACGGUAUGCCAAAAGGAGACGUCAAAGCUGUCAGCGAAGCCAUGUUCAACAAUCAAACUUACGACGACUGGCUUUCUGUCUACAAGAUUGAUGUGGCGAGCUACUACUUCACUUCUGUCGCCUUCUUGCCUCUCCUGGUCGCUGCGAGAGAUCACGGCUUCCCCGAAGCUGGCUCCAUUCUGGUAAGUUCUGCCGAUACUAUCUUGAAGCUCAGUCUAUCUCAACGGAUCACUGACUCGUCCGCAGAACAUCUCCUCCAUCUCGGGAAUCACCAAGGAGUCGCAGAACGGACAGUACAGCUACAACGCUGCCAAGGCCGCGUGCGUAUCUCUGACCGAGCAGCUUGCUGUGGAUUUCAAGCGACCUGAUCUCGAAGUCCGUGUCAACCAACUGGCUCCCGGCUACUUCCCUUCGGAGAUGACGCCGAUUGAGAAAGACAAGGGCCAGCAGAAGGAGCACUUCAGGACCAAGUGGGGUGUUCCAUUUGGUAGAGCGGGCCAUUCACGAGACUAUGCACAGGCUGUGCUGAACUUUGCAACAAGUGAGUCUUGGCCACGUGGCUUCCUCGCGUCAAUAUGCUAAUCUUUCUCCGUAGAUGGCUACUGUACUGGUUCUACUUUGGUCAUAGAUGGCGGUUGGCUAUUGGCUCACGCUUGA